AGCUUAUUAGACAAGUUUGGUAAACCAACAAGUUGAGCAACCUAGUAGUCUACCAAGAGCUCACUGCCCAACUUGAUCGGCUGGCUUCUUGAUUGACAUUGACACAGACAGCGACCUCACUGAAGUCUCAUUCAAUAAGUUUCUUUCUCUCCAACAAAUAAUUUCACCCAAUCUCAAGGUAUCUAUUCGAUUUGUAUUUGUUUUAUUUUUUUAAAAUAAUUUUUGUGUUCACAUUGCUUAUUAAGGUUGUGUAGAAUGAUUGUAGUUGUGAGCAGAACAUAUUUUGAUAGAUAUCAUUCCAAAUCUGCUCUAAUUCGGGUGAAAAAAAAAAAUUUCAAAACUGUACAUCGUUUAUGGGUUUUGUGGGCGAUAACAGUUGAUCGGGCUUAGUUUCGGAACAAAGCCCGAUAGGGCUUUGUGGGGGAACGAAGCCCGAUCGGGCUUUGUUCCCCCACUAAGCCCGAUUAUGAUUUUUGUUGCCUACAAACCUGAUAUGGUUUUUAUAUAUAUUAUUUUUUAAAAUAAUAUGAGUAUUUUGUUAAAUAAUUUAAUAUUAUAUAUGAGUAAAAUAAUAUAAUUUAAUAUAAUAUAUUUAAUUUUAUCAUAUUAUUUAACAAAAUUUAACUUUUCAAGCAUUUGUGCCUAAAUGUGUUAUGUUAAAAUCCUCCAAUGUUUUUCAUAAAAUUUUUAAAUAUUUUUCUUAAAUUACAUAUGAAAAAUUAUCAUAACUUGGUUGUUAGUUUAUAAGUCAAAAAUCAUGUUUAAUUGUACAAAUCAUCUCUUUAGAAAAAGAAAAUAAAAUACAAAUCUCAAAAAGCAAAUAAACUUACUUACUUAUAGUUAUGACUUGGUUUAAUAAGGAAAUGAACCCGAUUUGGGUGUGUGUGGGUCCGUUGCAUCCAUGGUAAUGGUGAGACUAAUUUUUUACUCCUUUCAAUCUUGCAACAAUGGAUUUAGUGCAGUUGGUCAUCGUGUGGAACGGGGAAUGGAAUGAUAAUAAGUAUAUUGGGGAUAAUAGGAUGUGUGCGAGAAUCUACAAAAAUACGACUUUUACUCAAUUGGUUGAGAUUGUGUACACAGUAACGGGAAUUGAUAAAACAAGGUACGACAUCACCAUUCAUUUUGUAACGGAACACUCAAGCGAACUUCCAGCUACCAAGUUCCCUAUCAAGGACGACUACGGUGUCAGGUUUAUUAUGUGCGAUGACAGAAAAUAUAAAGUGAUGUAUGUUGAUAUGAUUUGUAAAGAUAUUGGAGUUUGUAACCUACGUAGUGGUGGUAAUCAAGAUUCAGGUGCCGUUCCAUUUACAUCCGCACGUAGUCCACUGCAAAAUGAUGAUUUUGGUACAUAUGGUAUGGGUGGUUUGUCAGAUGACGCUCCACAUACGGAUGAUGAUUGUGAUAAUGAAACUGAUAAUAAUAGUGACGAUAGCGAUGGUGAUAAUAGUGAUGAUGGUGGUGAUGAAAGAGAAGUGAGUCCGGAGUACCCAGAAGUAAGAUUUUCAGGUUCACAAUUUGAGGACAACCAUUUACAAAGAAACUGGAUCGUUCCUGGUGUAGAAAAUUAUGCAAUUGAGGAAACAAGACCUGAAGUGUCUAUUCCAUACCAAGGUGAUCUUUUACACAUGGGUGCACUCUUUAAAAGUAAACAUGAACUAAUUUUGGCAUUUGGACAAUAUUGUGUUGAUGUGAAGAUGGACUAUCGAGUCAGACGUUCGUGCACAAUUCGAUUUGAGGCUGGUUGCAAGGAUGUGAACUGCAAAUUUAUGCUUCGUGCAAGAUGUAGACCUGGUUGUUCAUUUUGGCAUGUGGUGAAAUUUAUGCCGAGUCACACGUGUACUCCGGACAUAUACGAUUCACAUUUUCGAAGUGUGAAGGCUAUUGUCAUCGGAAGUUUGUUUUCUGAAAGAGUGGCGAGUAGUGAAUAUACACCUAGAAUGCUAAUGGGGGAGUUGCUGGAACAACAUGGUGUGCAGAUUAUGUACACUAAAGCUUGGAGGUCUUUACAACAUGCAAAGAGACUUACUUAUGGUAAUCCAGAUGAAUCAUAUCAGCAACUACCCUCAUAUUUUCACAUGUUAAAAGAAACAAAUCCUGGCAGUAUCACGGCAAUAGAGACAGAUGAAAAUAAUUAUUUUUUAUAUUCAUUUUUUGCACUCGGAGCUUGCCUUCAUGGUUUUCGAUCUUACAUAAGACCGGUUGUUGCCGUUGAUGCCACACAUUUGAAAGGUGAACACAAAGGGGUGAUAUUCGUUGCAACUUGUAAAGAUGGGGAGCAAAUGAUUUAUCCCAUCGCUUUUGGAUUUGGAGAUGGUGAGUCUGACAGAUCAUGGAUAUGGUUUUUGACGAAAUUGAGAGAGGCUAUCGGAGUGCGAGAAGAUUUAGUCAUUGUUUCUGAUCGUCACCAAAGCAUUGCGAAUGCGAUGAGUCAUGUCUUCCCUUCUGUCCCACAUGUCUUUUGUUUCUUCCACCUUAAGAAAAACUUGAAGAAACGUUGUAGACAGCGAAAAGAUGUGAUGACUGCAUUCUACCUUGCAGCAUACAGUUACACCACAAUAGAGUGUGAUACAUACUUGGCAGAAAUACAAUCGAUGCAUCCUCAGACUCAUCUGACAUUGAUGGAAGCAAGACCAGAAAAGUGGUCACGUGCAUAUUGUCCAAGAAGAAGAUAUUCCAUGAUGACCACCAACAUUGCCGAGUCUCUCAAUAAAUGCAUGAUGAAAGCACGUCGGUUGCCUAUAACAAGUGCACAUGAAUUUUUGAGACAUAUGCUUCAGAAAUGGUUUAGUGAUAGACGUGCUGCAGCCGCCAGACUCGAAACCAUUGUGACCUCCGCUGCAGUGGCACAUGUUAACUUGGCGCAUGCCAAAACAUUAGACCGAGGAUGUCGUGUAGUUCCUAUAAUACAAGGGAACAAAUACCUCGUGCAACAUGCAAAGGAAGGCGAUGGGAUAGUUGACAUUGUUGCGAGUAUAUGCAGUUGUCGCAAGUGGGACAUUGAUCAAAUGCCAUGUCUUCAUGCAAUUGCUGCUAGCAGUUUCAUGAGGGUGCACUACCAUAUGCUUUGCCAUUCAUAUUACACUACAGAUUGGGUCAGACGCGCAUAUGCACUUCCCAUCAAUCCUCUCCCUAACAAGGCCGCUUGGGUUCUUCCAGCGUACGUCAGACAGAUAGUUAUACUCCCACCUGUGCAAAGACGACAACCGGGUAGACCGAGAAAUGGUCGGAUUCCUUCCAUAGGGGAAGCUCGUCGAAGAAAAAAAUGUGGAAAAUGCGGUGAACUAGGACACAACAGUCUUGGUUGCCCUAAUGAAUGGACUUCCUCCAUUGGAGAGUCGAGCACAGCCACUACUUCAGAAUCCAGGGAUGCUGCUAGGGCCUCUGCAAGGGCAAGCCGGAAAUGCAGCAUUUGCAAAGAGACUGGACACACUCGUCGUCGGUGCCCUAUACAGUUGUCAAUUCCAGGUGAUGAUAAUAUUGUCAAUGAUGAAAACAAUCAAUAGACAUUAACUCAUUCAGCAAUGCUCAAAAAUCACUGGCACGAUACAAAAAGGAUGACAACAUCAAUCAAAUAUCUUUUUGUCGGGGGUUCAGAAAUGAAUAUUAUUUUUUACAUUAAUAUUUGAAAUUGAGAUUUAUUCAUAUUUGUAAUCUUUCAAUUUCUUUCAUCUAAACUCAUAAUAAUUAAUUUAAUUGACAGCUUGUGUUGUAGUAUGUUGUUGAGCAAAGAACUGAGUAUAUAAUGCAGUUUCAAUAGCACC